GUGGAAGCUCCCUUCAGGCUUCGACCUCAGCUAGCAUCGUGUGCGCCACACGCUAUCGCUAAGAUGCCACAACGUCCAAAAUAGGAAGCAUCCGUGCAUAGCGUAGUAACUGCACAUGUAUCAUCGACACCAUCGUAAUGAUUUAUCAUACCUACUCUCGCGUACUGGUACUCACCGGACGUGCCGCCGUCUCUAAGCCCCAGAGACAUCGAGUAAUCCAAUGGCGCUGCAUGUUUCUUUUGAUACAAAAUUGCCUAUUGACGGAUUUCAACGAUGUAGCGAUUCUCCCUUCAUAACGGAGAUUGAGUCGGUUUCCCCGAUGCGGAAUUCAAUAUUGCUGGGGGUAGCUGGGGGUAGCUGGUGAUCAGCUUAUAUCUGAUAGAUGAGACGGCUUGGAAAGGCGUCGGCAUAUCCUCGAGGAACAUUGGAAGUUAAGAGUAGGGGGAACCCCUAAAAGUCCUCAAAUAUCCUCAAGGAGGCCCCGUCAAAGCUCUCCAGUCCUUCAUUAAUAGACACCACAUGUUGGGACUUCGUAAAUUACCGCAAAGUCUGCGGAACCGCAGGUCUGUUUCCUCGUCACACUCGUCACAGAUUUCUGCGGAAGAGCCAAAGACAGAUACAAACAUGCCUUCGGCCUUGAAUGGUAACCAUACCCCUACGGAGUCGAUAAAGCAAACCAUCACCUCAUCUAGUGAGGUUGAUGUGAGCGGCUCUACUACCGUCCGUACUACUAGUCACUCCGAAUCGAGAUCAUCGAAUCGCAUUCAAGUUACACGCACCAUCGAAACGACUAGGCGAGUGAGGUCAAGGUUAGUACGCGAACUGGACGACGUGGACGAUGCCUACCUCAAGCAGAUCGACCUCCAGGUCUACCUGGGGUACAUUGCAGAUGAACGCAUCAUCCACAUGCCCAAGCGAGGGAGCCAGUGGGAUCAAGUGCUGAAGGAAGCCGAAUUCUUCGGUCUUCAGAUUGACGAAUUCACGACGGCGGUGAAAGACUUUAUCACUGACAGCACGACUAUACGGGAUACCGCUCUAGCAAGCUGCUAUCUUCUCCUUCAGCUCGGCUGUGAACAAGCCCAAGCCCUAGAACCAACUUUCAAUACCUUGUACGAGCUAGGUCAACUUCUUGCAAAUACUCUCGAGCUCCGAUCUCUAUUUGUGCUUAGCGAAGGCAUCGCGCAUGCUCUCGGAGAAGUUAUCAACGGUCUCGUAUCUCUUCUUGGAGAUAUUGCUAUAUUUUAUCAUCAACGAGUCAGCCGUCUCUCCAAGAAUACAGUAAUAAUCGACUUUGACCGUGAGUUUGGACGCCAACUAGAGGAUAUAUGCUCCAAGAGAGAACAGCUCAUCUACACAAUUUGGGCCUACAAGCUUGGGAGUAGCCAUGGCGCAGGUGACGUAGCGUCGCUGCACCGAGAGCUAGGCUCGACCUACACUCACGUCAAGUCAUACAUAUACGGCCGCACCCAAGAAAAGAAACGCCGUGUGGAGGGAACUUGCGAGUGGCUCGAGGAUGACCUCAUCGAGUUUCUCGAAAAGGAUGAAAGCAUCCUUGCUAUCACUGGAAGUGCCGGGUGCGGGAAGAGCAUGCUCGCAUCUUGGGUACGAGAUCAGUUGGAGAGACCUGUUGGCCAUUUGGACCAAAAACAUAGAACUCUCUCUUAUACAUUUACUGUUGAGUAUCCGGAACAUGCAACUUCUGUGGCAUUGUUGAGGAGUCUACUCUCCCAGCUUCUGGAGAUUAGCAUUGGUGAUGUCCGCCUCUUCGAGCAGCUAUCAUCCGUUCUUGCGAAGUUCGAUGGUCAGCACAAUGCGAAGGAAUUCGCCAGCCAACUGUGGACCGUGCUUGACGCCGGCCUAGCAACAGUCAAUAGCAAGGGGGUCAAUCUCACUAUCAUUGUUGACGGGCUCGAUGAGAUCGCUGGCGGGGAUUCGGUUGCGCUCGAGUUAUACAGGCGCAUUCAUCAAAGCGUCAAGAAGCUUCCCAAGAUCCGCGCCGUCACAUUCUCUCGCCCUCUCUCCCAUCUUGGCCAACCUGACUGUAAACACCUAGUUGUUACUCCGGAGCACGUUCAUGACGACAUCCAGCUUUACUUAAUUGACGGCCUUUCUAAACGCAGUGCCUACACAUCUCAAGCGCACGCAAAGCAACAGGAAUUGCUCAGUCAGUUGGUAUCUCGCGCAAGGGGUUCAUUCCUAUUCGCAUACUUAUCACUGCACCUCCUUGAUGCCGGCGUUGAUUUUGAUAUAUUUCACAAGUUGAUCCAUACCAUUAAGCCCGACCCUAGCAAUAAUCAUGACAGUCUUCUCAAGGCACUUCUCCUUAAGAUCAACCUGGAAGAUAUUCACAUCAACCGCCUAUUGACCUUCAUGGUGACUGCUGAGCGCCCGCUGCAGCUAGGAGAAGUAGAAGACCUGUUGAAGGUUGACCUCUCUAAGGGCACCGUGUCAUCAUCCCACAUCAAUGUCAGGAAAGUGAUCUCCGCGACAUGUGGGCUCCUUGUUCUACAUAAGGGUUCCGUCCGAUUCAAGCACUCUGUUGUUCGAAACUAUAUUCGUGGGCUCUGCGGAUCUUCACUUUUAUCCCUCAAAGAUGCUCACAAGCAACUGACGAUGACACUACUGUUAUUUUCUAAACAAGUCCUCACACAGCCGUGCGAGCCGUCAUUCGAUUCUGUAAACAGCACAAUCAUCGACCAAGUCUAUCAAUCCCACCCUAUCGUUCAGUACACUGUCAAAUACUGGAUCAUGCAUUUUCAGCAUUCCUCUCUCAUGAGCACAAAAGGCGACUUGACGGUUUCACCUGAUUUCAAGAGUAUUCUCCCAGAAUCUACCUUCUUCGUCAUGAUGGAAUGGGUCAGCUGGCAAAGCCAAACUACCUCGCAGUCCAUUCAUCGCCACGAGUUGGCUUUAAGAAUUCGCUCUGCCUGUUUUGGCGAGAAGCACCACAGCGUCCUUCAAAGCCUGAUCAUCCUUGGUAUUCUGUACCGGUCUCAAUCAGAAUUAGUCAAAGCUGCCGAGUUUUUCUACCAUGCUUCCAUCAUUGGGCAAACUAUUUUAUAUAAAUUUAGCCCACUGGUAGUUACCUGCACCUCAGUGUUCUUGGCUUGCACCGAAGAGAUUACUUACACCAAACGAACUACGAUCGUCACCUACCGUGAAGAGAUGAUGCGCUUCUAUAUAGAAGUGUGUCAGGGACAGCACGGCGCAAACUCCGACCAGGUCAUUCGAUUAUAUGAGUCGCUAGUUCAGCUCUACCGAAAUAUCCAAGAGGAGCAUAUGGUAGCUGUCAUUCUCAAGGAACUCCAUGAAAUCGUCGUGAUCCGAUUUGGACGUGGGUCUGACCGAGAACGCGGGCUCACUAAGGAGCUGGCUAAAAUGAAGGUUGUCCUCAAGAAAGGAGAUACCAAGGAAGAUAAAGAUCAAUAUGAAGAUCUUCUCUUUGAAGCCAGCGAAGAAAUGGAGCUCACUGAUGAACUACGGUUGACCAUCAUCCUUCGUCUUGCCGAGACCUAUGAGAAUCAGCAUCAAUUCCUCCUCGCGGAGAAGUUGUAUGUUGCUCUCUGGAGCCGCAUCUGUACAGCCUGUCGGCAGAAGACAACUGCCGAACUUCAGAUGGCACAACUCAACAUCGCUCUGAAGUAUGUCGAAUUCUUGCGCCGUCAUAAGCGUGACAGUGAAGCCUGUAACAUUAUGGUUUGUGUCUGGGCCGAAUAUGAGCACCGUUCGUUUGAGUCCAAGGAAAUUGUUCUUCAGCUGAAGAAGCUUUCGGUACUGUUCAGAUCAUUCGGCAUGCUUGUCGUGUCUGUAUCGAUCCUUAAUAGAGCCUGGGGUUGGUUCAAGGAGCAUAAGAUGACUGAGACUGAAGAAGCCGCCGAGACCACGACUAUCAUCACUGAAGUAGUUGAGGAGAUCACAGAGACUACUACCGAAGUCACUACCACAACAACGGAGACCGAGUCCAUUACCCGCGAUGUUUACGAGACGACCUACACGCGAGCUAAGUCCGGAAAGGUGGAUCGCCACUUCUUCAAAGCCUCUUUGGCUCUGGUCAGCCUUCACAUAAAACAGGAAAAAUGGUCUGAGGCCGAAGUCAUUCUUCGACAGUCGCUGGAACUUGUGUGGAAAGGUGUUUUCUCUGUAGACGAGAAGCUUACACUCGAAGGAAGCUACAUAUCUGAGACAGUAGGAACAGCAUCACGUCUUGCUCUUUGCUAUCAUAAGCAGAGGAAGUUCGACAAGGCGGAGCAAAUCUAUGUCCGUGUCUGGAAGACAUGCCUUACUUCAUUGAAGGCUGAAGAUCUUCUUCUCACGGAUAUCACUACUAAGAUCCUCCUGUUCUAUGAGGAGUAUCGGCGGUAUGAGAAGAUCGUCGAGAUCCACACCCAUCUUCUUCAGCACUACCGUAAGCAUCUCGGCGUCACACACAAGCUCACCAUCAACACUCUCUACCACCUGGCAUCCACCUACAACCUUCUUGGGCGCAAAGAGGCAUAUGACUACUAUGCCGAGAUUGUGACAGCCUAUACUCAGAACGGCAUCGUCCACGCCGAGGCCUUCAAUGCCGCGUCUAUUGUGUUGAAGCACUACCGGGAAGAAAGCCGCUGGACGGAACUUCAGAAGCUUUCCGCUACGCUAUGGGAAACCAUUACGAAGCACCACCACGAGCAUAAAGCGUCGGAGGAGUUCAUACAACUUGUGUACGAGCAGUACCGGUACGUCCUCGAGUUCCAUUCGAAGGUGGAGUUUUCGGUUCUCUACAAGAUCACCGUCGAGUACCGCGAGACUGUCAAGAAGGUCUUUGGAGUGUCGGUUGCUAUUUUCCUAACUGCCUCAAUUGCCCUUGCAGAGGUCUGCGAGAAGAGUGAGGAGCAUCAACUCGAGUCGGUUACGCUCUACGAGGAGGUUAUCACGAAGACAAAGACUAUCACAACCUUCACCGAGACCAAGAUCCGCACUCUUAAGAAGCGACUUUCUACCCUCUAUGUCACCGUCAUCACAGGUGGCAAGAAGACUGAGACGAAAACUGUUGAGCGAGCUAUUACUGUGUGCUCUGAGACAUACGAGCACUUCAAGAUUCAAUAUGGAUGGUGGCAUGAGACGACGCUCCUCAAGCUCAAGGAGCUAGUUUUGAUCUACAGCAAACAUAGCUCCGAGAAGUCUCACUCCAUCAUGGUCAGCCUACUGCAAGAAAGUGUCAUUAAGAUCUUAUCCACAGCGACCGUCGCAAUUGAGCUGUACCAAGCCGCGUUGACACUUUCGUCCAUUUACAAGACCGUCAAGCUUGAGCGCGAGGGCCAUGAAUUACUCCGCCAACUUCGCGUGCUGAUCCUCUUCCCGGGCUUCGAUAUUUCCGAGCAGAAGAUCAGCAUCAAGCUCGAAAUGAAGGUCACCAAGGUCUCGCUCAUUUUCCUCAUCGCUCUUGAAGAGGGUCUGUUCCACGCCGACGGGAAGCCGGGCCACAAUCACUUCUCGCAAAUCAUGGCAGACCUUCUCCUCGAGACGCUCCUGUACGAGCAGUACGUCCAGGUGACAACUCACAUGACCGAGAAGACUAGCAUCGAGAUCGUGCUCGAGCACACUGCCCGCCUUCGCAGCCUCUGGGUUGCCCGCGGCCGCACCAGCUUCGUCUCCGUUUUGGAUAAGAAGCUAUUCGCCGUCUUUAUCGAGCGAUACUCCAAGGUCCUCGGUACAUACGCCAACGACCGAAACGCGUCGUACGAUCUAUUCGUCGCCCUCCUCACCGAGAUCGGAGACGGCAGCGCGACCGAACGCACCACGGUCGACUUCGCCAUGGCAACGGUCAAAGCAAUCAACACCAUCGUGCAGAAAUACGCCGUCGAAAGCAAGGAUCUACCCCGCGCCCACGCCGUCGCCAAAUGCGGAUUCCAAUUCGCUAGCGCGCAGCACUUCUACCACAACCGUCGCCGCGGCGUACUAGGCUACAAGCUCGCAGAGCUAUUAGCCGGCCACGGGGUCCCGACCUGGAACACCGCCAACGCGCCACUAAAGGAGUCGAUGCUACUCACCAGCCGCACCGUGCUGCAGACAGUAUUCGCCGCGUUCCGCGAAGCCAACGUCGACUUCGUCAGCUUGCGAUUCGAAGACCUAUCCAGCCUAAUCACCCUCCUCGGCGACCAGAAGAACUACGGCGAGCUCGAGAACCUCCUAACAGCCCUCUGGCGCUCCCGCGAAGUCCAACGCAGCUGGUCCCCCGCCGUGGUCCUGCACAUAGGCCAACUGCUAAUCGACGCGCACGUAUCGGCUUCCCACAUCGACAGCGCGAUCGCACUCGCCGACAUCCUGUAUUACAACGUCCGACAAUCGCGGGGCGGCCUCGACGCGCACGCGCUCACGUACGCGAACAAGUUGUCUGUCCUCCUUACGCGUGCGGGACGGACCCGCGAUGCAGCGCGUGUGCAUGCGGAGGUGUUGCGGGAUUUGGACGAGUCGCGAUCGACGAUGGCACAUAUGGACGUAGGUGAAAAAGAACGGUUGCGUAGCGCGGCGGACGCGCAUUUAGAGGGGUUGCGACGGUGCGGGUGGGGCACGCGGCCUGAGGGAGCGAGGAUGGCGGCGGGGUUGUAUGAGAGGUUGGGGCGGCGGUACGGGGGAUUGAGCGUGCAGGCUGUGGAGAAGUGGGGGGCCGUGGAUGCGAAGAAGGAGCGCGAGGUUAUGUAUUCCGGACCGACGGUUUGGAGUUUGGUGGUGCAGAAGGAGGGGGUUAGGGGAGAUUUAAUUGUUCCUGCUAAGGAGCGUUGGGGGUGGUUUUCUAGGGGGAAGGCGGUGGGGUUGGGGGAGGUUAGUGUUGCGUAGGUACAGUACCUACGUGGAUGACGUCGUUAAUAGGACUGUAAGAUUCUACGAUAGGGGUAAUGAAAAAGGGGACGAGUUAAUGGAUGGGGAGAUGCCGAUACGAGGCAGGUAAUGCGGUAAUGAGGCGGAGGAUAUAUCACUCUUUGGCAUCACGGAUUUCUUUCUGUCGCUUCACUUUGGACAUACUCCUAUUCCCUACCUAUCUGUACUUUCUCUUCUCUCUUGUCGUUUGAGGACUGGUUCCUACAUGUACCUAACUACCUACUAUCAACGGAUACUCCAAAAUUUCAUAGCAAUAGUUUCAAGAUUCAUUUCAGACUUUAGGUCAGUUCAAUACGAGUAAGGUGAUGUUGUUUUUUCA